AUGUUUGUUCUAAGUGGAGCAUUAGAUGCAUUUGGAAAUGCUGAUCAGUCUAUUACCAAAGAGGUGGUGAACAAGUAUGUAUUCAAGCUACUUUAUAUUGCUGUUGGAAUUGGAUUCUCUGCUUUCAUCGAAGGCGUUUGCUGGACAAGAACUGCCGAGAAGCAAACAUCUCGCAUACGAAUGGAAUACUUAAAAUCAGUCCUCAGACAAGAAGUUGGUUUCUUUGACAAUCGAGAUGGUUCAUCUACCACCUUCCAAGUUGUCUCAAGCAUCUCUGCUGAUGCCCACUUAAUUCAAGAUGUUAUAGCCGAGAAGAUACCCACCUUCCUGACUCAAUUCUGUGCAUUCAUAUUUAACCUAUUAGUUUCCUUCCUACUUUCAUGGCGACUAGCAUUGGCUUCUCUUCCAUUUGCAAUUGGAUUUAUAGUCCCGGGGGUGGUAUUUGGAAAAUUAAUGAUGAACCUAGGAAUCAAGAGUAAGGAUGCUUAUGGGUUAGCAGGCAGUAUUGCAGAACAGGCAAUAUCAUCUAUUCGAACUGUCUACUCGUAUGUAGGUGAGCAUCAAACACUCGUGCGAUUCAGCCAUGCUCUUCAGGGAAGUAUGAAUCUAGGCAUGAAGCAAGGAUUGGUAAAGGGCUUGUUGAUAGGAAGCAUGGGAAUGGUUUUUGUAACUUGGGCAUUUCAAUCUUGGUUUGGAAGCAUUCUUGUCAUUGAAAAAGGAGAAAGGGGUGGCCAUGUUUUCAUAUCAGGACUCUGUGUCAUCCUUGGAGGAUGGUCCCUCAUGAGUGCACUGCCUAAUCUCCCAUCCAUCACAGAGGCAUCAGCUGCUGCGAAAGGAAUUUUUGAGUUGAUUGACCGUAUCCCUCAAAUAGAUUCUGAAAAUGCCAACGGGAAAGUUUUAGCAAAUGUAAGAGGACAAAUUGAGUUUAGAGAAGUUCAUUUCAGUUAUCCAUCAAGAAAGGAUUCACUUAUCCUCCAGGGGUUCAACAUGCAAGUAAAACCAGGUAUGACAGUGGGCCUUGUGGGAGGAAGCGGAUCUGGAAAAUCCACUGUUGUUUCGUUGCUUGAAAGGUUUUAUGACCCUGUCAAAGGAGAUAUACUACUUGAUGGGCACAGAAUUAAAAAAUUCCAGCUGAAAUGGUUGAGAUCUCAGAUGGGGCUAGUCAAUCAACAGCCAAUACUCUUUGCAACGUCCAUAAAGGAAAAUAUACUGUUUGGAAAGGAAGAUGCUUCAAUGGAACAGGUUAUAAGUGCGGCGAAGGCUGCAAAUGCACACGAUUUCAUCAACAAAUUACCAGAAGGAUAUGAUACUCAAGUGGGAGAAUUUGGCAUUCAAUUAUCAGGAGGGCAAAAGCAAAGGAUAGCAAUAUCAAGGGCAUUGCUUAAAGAUCCACGAAUUCUUUUGCUUGAUGAAGCUACUAGUGCUUUAGAUGCACAAUCUGAAAGCAUAGUACAGGCAGCCAUUGAUCAGGUUUCAGUAGGAAGAACAACGAUUAUUAUUGCUCAUCGUCUCAGCACAAUUCGUGAAGUUAACAAGAUUCUUGUACUUCAAUCUGGAAGAGUUGUUGAAUCAGGGUCUCAUGAUGAGCUGAUGCAAAAAAAUAAUGGAGUAGGAGAAGGUGGAGUUUAUUUUGAAAUGAUGAAAGUCCAGCAAUCAGCAGUACAGAAUCAGGUCCUUGAAAGUUCCCAACAUUCAAUUGGAGAAAGACCCUAUAAUAAGACAACGUAUGCCCAUACUCCUAAUUCUCCUUUCAUUGUAAGGUCAAGCAGACAAAACAGUCCUGCUACUGCCUUUAGCCCAACAUUAACCAUGAGUGAGGUUGCAUCAAUUCAAAACAGUCCCGCUUCCACCUUCAGCUUUUGUUCUGACGGCAAUAUUGAAAAAUUGGAGAGUACUUCUCCAAAUCUUUCAAACUGGCGCUUAAUCCAAAUGAAUAAACCAGAGUGGAAGAGAGCCUUGCUUGGAUGUUUAGGCGCUGUUGUCUUUGGGACCAUCCAGCCAAUUUAUUCCUAUUGCAUGGGUACAAUGAUCUCUGUGUACUUUAUAGGCGACAACUCGAAACUAAAAUCUGAGACCAGAUUUUACUGCAUUGUCUUUUUAGUUAUAGGCUUGAUAAGCUUCUUCGCCAAUCUACUCCAGCAUUACAAUUUCGCAAUCAUGGGAGAGAGAUUAACUAAGAGGGUGCGAGAAGAACUUCUUCAAAAAGUUCUCACAUUUGAAGUUGGGUGGUUUGAUCUAGAUGAGAAUAAAAGUGCGGCAGUCUGUGCGCGGUUGUCCACUGAAGCAAAUAUAGUUCGAUCACUUGUUGGAGAUCGCAUGUCGUUACUGGUUCAAGUUUUCACAAAUGCUGCUCUUGCCUUUGCUCUUGCAUUAAUUGUCGCGUGGAAAGUUGCAAUUGUAAUGAUUGCAAUACAACCUUUAACUAUUACAAGCUUCUAUUCAAAAGGUGCUCUGAUGAAAAGAAUGUCUGAAAAUGCCCAAAAAGCACAAAGUGAAGGAAGCCAACUGGCAAGUGAAGCAGUAGUCAAUCACAGGACCAUUACUGCAUUCUCUUCUCAAAAAAGAAUUCUCGACCUCUUUGCAGCAACACUGAAAGGGCAGCAAAAACAGAGCAUAAAACAAUCAUGGUUAUCUGGAGUAGGCUUGUUCACUUCCCAACUCCUAACAACUUGUUCUAUAGCUUUGAUAUUUUGGUACGGUGGGACUCUAAUGAAUGGUAGAUCAUUAAGCUCAAAGGAUCUAUUUCUGGUUUUCUUCAUUUUGAUGAGUACCGGUAAGACCAUUGCAGAUGCAGGAACCAUGACAUCUGAUUUGUCAAAAGGUAGCAAUGCCAUCAAAUCUACUUUAGCAAUUCUGGACAGGAAUAGCGAGAUUGAGCCUAACAACCCUGAAGGUUCCAAGAUUAAAAAAAUGCUAACAGGGAGGAUAGAAUUAAAGAAUGUUUUCUUUGCCUAUCCAUCAAGGCCUGAACAAAUGAUCUUCCAAGGUCUUAAUCUCACGAUUGAAGCUGGAAAAACGGUGGCACUUGUAGGACAGAGUGGUUCAGGCAAAUCCACCGUCUUUGGGUUGAUCGAAAGAUUUUAUGAUCCAAUGAAAGGAUCAGUUCUAAUAGAUGAUCACGAUGUCAAAAGCUAUAACUUAAGAGACUUGAGAUCACAUAUUGCACUAGUGAGUCAGGAACCAACUCUUUUUGCUGGAACCAUCCAUGAAAAUAUAGUUUAUGGCAAAAAGGAUGCCACAGAAGCUGAAAUCAAAGAAGCUGCAAUGCUUGCAAAUGCUCAUGAAUUUAUAAGUUCCAUGAAGGAUGGAUAUCAAACUUACUGCGGAGAGAGAGGAGUUCAGCUUUCAGGAGGACAAAAGCAGAGAGUAGCACUUGCUCGGGCAAUUCUGAAGAAUCCAUCAGUCCUUCUAUUGGAUGAAGCAACCAGUGCCCUGGAUAGUUUGGCUGAAAAUAUAGUCCAAGAAGCUUUGGAAAGAAUGAUGGUUGGCUCCUUGGGUGAUUCGUUGGCUGCUCCACUUACCAUGUUUGUUCUUAGCGGAGCAUUAGAUGCAUUUGGAAGUGCUGAUCAGUCUAUUGCCAAAGAGGUGGUGAAUGAGUAUGCAGUCAGAUUACUCUAUAUUGCUGUUGGAGUUGGAUUCUCUGCUUUUAUCGAAGGAGUUUGCUGGACAAGAACUGCCGAGUGGCAAACAUCUUGCAUACAGAAGGAAUACUUAAAAUCCAUCCUCAGGCAAGAAGUUAGUUUCUUUGACAAACAAGAUGUUUCAUCUUCCACCCUUCAAGUUGUCUCAAACAUCUCUGCUGAUGCCCACUUAAUUCAAGAUGUUAUGGCCGAGAAGAUACCCACCUGCCUGACGCAACUUUGUGCAUUCAUAUUUAACCUAUUAGUUUCCUUUCUACUUUCAUGGCAAUUAGCAUUGGCUUCUCUUCCAUUUGCAGUUGGAUUUAUAGUGCCAGGGGUGGGAUUUGGGAAACUAAUGAUGAACCUAGGAAUCAAGAGUAAAGAGGCUUACGGGGUUGUAGGCGGUAUUGCUGAACAUGCAAUAUCAUCUAUUCAAACCAUGUACUCAUAUGUGGGUGAACAUCAAACACUGAAAAGAUUCAGCCAUGCUCUUCAGAGAAGUAUGAACCUGGGAAUAAAGCAAGGAUUAGUGAAGGGGUCGUUGAUAGGAAGCAUGGAGGCAUCAGCUGCUGCAAAAGGAAUUUUUGAAUUAAUUGAUCAUAUUCCUCAAAUAGAUUCUGAAAGUGACAAGGGGAAAGUUUUAGAAAAUGUAAGAGGUCAAAUUGAGUUUAGAGCAGUUUACUUCAGUUAUCCGUCAAGAAUGGAUUCAGUUAUCCUCCAGGGAUUCAACAUGUUAGUGAAACCAGGCAUGAAAAAUAAAAAAACUCUAGCUGAAAUGGUUGAGAUCUCAGAUGGGGCUGGUCAAUCAACAGCCAAUUCUCUUUGCAACGUCCAUAAAGGAAAAUAUACUGUUUGGAAAGGAAGAUGCUUCAAUGGAACAGGUUAUAAGUGCGGCGAAGGCCGCAAUGCACAUGACUUCGUCGAUAAAUUACCAGAAGGAUAUGAUACUCAAGUGGGAGAAUUUGGCAUUCAAUUAUCAAGAAGGCAAAAGCAAAUAAUAGCAAUAGCAAGGGCAUUGCUUAAAGAUCCAAGAAUUCUUUUGCUUGAUGAAGCUACUACUGCUUUAGAUGAACAAUCCGAAAGGAGAAUUGUUGAAUCAGGAUCGCAUGAUGAGCUGAUGCAAAUAAAUGAUGGAGAAGGUGGAGUUUACUAUGGUAUGAUGAAAGUGAUACAAUCAGCAGUAGAGAAUAAUGCCCAUGUUAGUCCCCAUCAUCCAAUUGAGGGAAGACACUAUGACAAGACAAUGUAUGCCCAUACUUCCAAGUCUCCUUUUAGUGCAACUUCAAGCAAGCAAAACAGUCCUGCUUCAGCCCAGCAUUUAUCUUGA